AUGAAAAUCGCUCAGGAGUUUGUGUCACAACGUCUCGUGCACGCACCGCGUGGCAAGCCGUACGGCGAUAAGCUGACGGUGUGUCGGGAGUGGGCAGCAUGUCGCAGUGUAUUAUUGCCGCAUGCCAUUCAGUUGCUCAGCACAGCACGCAGGUGCUCAUCUCCUCUCGAACUCGCAAGAAUACAACCAAAAAUGCCACAUCGUAUAAGUCGCGCCUCUAAUACAAGCAUCAGCAACGAUGGCAGUUCGGGUGCAAGACGGCCACCAAACCCCCCAAAAGACGCUCACUCAAUUCAAUCCGCACCCCAAAACCCAACCAUAGGGGUAGCAGCAAAAAGAAGAAGCAUGCACUGGAACCCAGCUGCGACCAUCGACAAUGACGUGAUGGGAAUGCAGACAGAAGAAGGGCAAAAAAACAAAGGCGUGCGGCCAUCGGGAGUCGAACCCGAGUCGGCUGAAUGGAAAUCAGCCAUGCUAACCGUUACACCAUGGCCGCUUAGAUAA